GAAAAACUGAAAUUUACUUGGUUUAAUUAACAACACAGACUGAUCGAACUCGCCAAUCAUUCAAAUCUAAUUUUAAAUGGUUAGUAAAAAUGAAUAGAAAAAUCUUAACAAAUGUAAUAUUGUUUAUCCCCAUUUAUCCUUUGAUAAUCAUGUAGAACAUCAGUGCAAAAUAAUGUACGAAUUACGAAUGUAAAUACACAAUCAAACAUCAGAAACGAAGAUGUUUGUUAUUUCAAUUGACCUCUACUAUCGAACAACAUUGCACCGAAGAUAACUAGAAUACAAACGCGUUAAAAUAUACGAUAUAAGCCGGCUGUAGGUAUAUAAAUAAAAAGAAUCGUCUUUUUCUCGUCGUAUUCGCACGAUUGUCUCGCUAACGGAAAGACAUAUCGAAUCGAAAAUGAAGUUGGGCUUGUUGAUAUUCCUCGUCGUCGUCGCCGUCCUCGUCCAGGACGUCGUCUCGGUGGUCCCGACGACUGAGAGCAGCAAACAUUCUACCACUAAAAGGAAGCCGAUCAAAGCAGAUCCGGCCAUGAGAUACGACAUUUUUGACCGCAGGAAACGGGAUUUGAUUGAACACGAGCAAGCUGCUGCUGCUGUUGGUAGUUCUUAUUUCUAAUCUAAGUAACAUUGAAAACCAAAUCCACAUUAGUUACAUAAUUGGCAUUAUGAUAAAUACCUAUAUUUAUAGAUCGUAAGGAUAGCUGUUUUAUCUUUUAAAUUACAAUUAAUUUACAUUAUAAAUAAAUGUAUUUGUUUUAUAAGCAAUAAAUAA